AUGGCAUCUGUUGGCAUUAAGGUUGCUCGAAGCACAAGUAAUUUGUGUGAUAUGACAAAUAGCUACAAAAACAACUCGACUCCACGUGGAUAUUGCUUGAUCAUUAAUAAUGAAACAUUCAAGAGCUUGAAACCCCGGAAGGGAUCGCAGAAAGAUGUAAAGAAUCUGCGUCAACUAUUUAAAGAUCUUGGCUAUGAGAUUUGGGGCACAGAAGCAAACACAAGUAAUUUGACUGCGCAGGAAAUGAAAAUUGUUGUAAAAGACUUUGCUGCUAGUGACAAACACAACAGUGUCGACUCGAGCAUUGUUGCCAUCUUAAGCCAUGGUGGUGCGGAAGACGUGAUAUAUGGAGUAGACGAGAAAGAGGUUUCAUUUACUAAUGACAUUCUUCGUCUAUUCGAAGGACACAAUGCACCGGGUCUAAUGCAGAAACCCAAGUUGUUCAUUCUUCAAGAGUGUCGUGGAGGUCAUUUCAUGUAG